CCUUCCGCUGCGCGCAGCAGGGCGCCCAAUUGACCCUGGCUUGGACAGCAGCUUGGACAGCAUCUUCUUGCUUCAACCAUAAUUACGGAGCAUCUCUUUUCUAUCCCCUAAACAACAACUUACGACGCGACACGACCGCAUCUGCAUCUCGGCUGUGAACAGCCUCGCCUGUGUCCAAUGCAGUCCUCUCCUCCACAACGCGAUGGGAAAGCGCGAGCAAUGCGAGAGCUUUCCGCCAGCUUGCGUCACAAUACCCCGCGACCCACCCCAUCAUAUUCACCGCCGCCCAGCGACUCAAAUCCCACGAAGCAUUCGGGCUUUGGCUCGACUUCCGGCUUGUUCAACAACGAAGACGUCUUGGCGUCGACACAGCACCAUAUCGACGACACGGACGCGCUCCCUCAGUACUCACGCAUGCGCUCUACGGCUAAGAAGUUCAAAACCUGGCAGAUGCCCCGGUCCGAGCAACCCAAUCCCGAUACCUCAAUGGUAAACAAAGAGUUCGGUGACUUCGACCACAGCCGGUCGGAUGAGGAGGAUGUGUCAAUCGAGCAGGCACGCGGAGAUCACCGCAGCAACCGAAGCACGCCUGGCAAAAUAAGCUCUCGCGCGUUCGACAGCCUCUAUGAUAUAACACCACCGACCGCCCGCUCACGGAAGUCCUAUGCAGCCGAGACGGGAAGCCUCCGCCGCGACGCUCAGAUCCGACGCGCCUCGCGCAACGAUGUGGACAUGACCGCGUCUCCUCGUCCUGCAAGCACGCGCAACUCGCCGGCAUUGGCCGUGAAUCCGGAACGCAAACGCACUUCACUCGCACAGCUACACGCCAGGGUUUCGGAAGACGAGUCCUCGUUCAUAGAGGAACGCCCACCAACAAUGACUAUGAACAACACGAGGAGCACGCGGUGGGGCAACCCGCGAAGCAGGCAGACCUCUCUUCAGACGGAUGGCGUCGCUGAGGCUUCUCCACGCGUUAAUGCGGCAUCCCGUUCGCGACCGGCCACCACACAGAACGCCACCGCGCAGUCAUUCAUACUACCCGAUCUACCCAACCUUACCGAGCUCGUAUCCGGCAUUUUCGAAGACGGGACCCCAGUCUUCUCCAAAACUGCUGCUCCACGGUCACGAUUCGCCGCACCCAAUCGCGGUGGUACCGGAGGCCGCCAGCCGAAUCACCUCCCGGUCGACAGCGUCCCGAUACCCCAAGAAGAGAAGGCCAUCUUUGCGGCGCUUCAGCUGUUGCAGGAUAAAGUGGCCCAGAUGGAGCACGAGCGGGCCGAGGCGGACAAGAAGAUCGAGGAGCAAGAGCUGGAGCUCAUUGAGCUGAGAGCCACCACCCAGGCACAGGAGAAGCUGCGGCGAAGCGACAGCGCGUUAGGCUCAACCGAUGGCGAGGGUUCCGGGAAGGGGAGUUGGAAGGUUGAGAAGACGCGACUUGACGCGACUGUACAGACCCUGCGUACGAAAUUGGACCGUACCGAGCGUAAGAUCGCAGUGAUCGAGAUCGAGAAGGAGAGGCUCGGCAGCGAGCGGGAUAAUAUGGCUAGCCAGCUUGGUGUUGCGUUCCAGACCUGCGAGGAACUGAAGGUUGAGAAAGAGGCUUUGCGCGCCGAGAAUGAAGCCCUGCGUCAAGAGAUUGAUUCUCUGCGGGCGGAUAACGAUGCACUGCAUGACCAGUUGGAGCACGAGCAGGCCCACCACCGGGACGAGACGAUCCAGCUACGCCGUCAACUUGAUCAGACUGAGAAUGUCACGCAGAGGGAGAAUAUUACCCUGCAGGCUGAGUUAGCUCGCGCCCACGCUCAGCAUGACGAGCACACCCAACAGCUCGCCCGCAAAGAUAUUGAGCUUCGAAAGGCACGUCAACAGCAGGCCGAAUAUGCUAGGCUAAAAGCGGAUCAUGAAGCGCUCAAGUCACAAUUGGCAGGCCUCAAAGCGAAGCGUGAAGAAGAUCGUCGUCGCUGGUCCAACGAGGAAGCUGCAUUGAAGGCCAGGGUCGAACGACGUGAGGAGACUAUUCGUCACCUCGAAGAUGUGCCGCAAGAACAGACCAAUGAUGCUAUACGGCUAGACAACGAAAACCUUCGCCAGGAGCUUACACACCUAGCUACUCAACUUGAGGAGGACAACGAGCGAUGGGCGAGGAAAGAGAGGGAAUUGAAGCGAAAGAUUGCGCAACGCGAGGGUGUGGUGGAUAUGACCCGCGAGAUCCUUAGUAUCCGCCAGGCAAACGGCCAGCAGACGAGCAUUCCGGCACCCGCAUCAGCGGACAAAGAGAACGGGGUUGAGGAGCCCAUCCAACGAAAGCCGAGCUAUCGAAGAGAGGACACCCGCACGCGUAUCAAGAACCGUAUCCAGGAGGAAGUCCGCAACAGCAGAGCGAAUGCAUCCUUCCAAUCGAGCCACAUCGAGAGCCCGCGGAAGUCAUACACUGGAAUCUCGAGGACUUCGCAUCGCGCGUCUCUGCCCGCAGACCUUAGCCGCAGCGUAUCAGCACCUGUUUCCCAGAAGAAGAAUACCGAGGUCGGCAGCGAUGUCGAGUCUACGACAGAUCUCUCACUCGCGCCCCGUAGGACUCCCUACGUUAUGCGGGGUGGUGUCUCAGGACAGCCCGCUUGCACUCCCAUUCAGCCGCCUAUCGAUUUAGACUACACUGAGCUGAGCUUCAUUGAUAGCAACCAGAUUGCUCAGCUUCGUCGCCAGCUAGAGGAAGAGCGAGCUGCUGCCCGUAACCGAGCUUCAUCCGUUCCAUUGGAGCGCACCACUCGGGACGACACUGUGCGUUCGCAGCGACAGGGUCGUGAGGAUACUGUUCGUUCCGUCGCCUCUGCGAAGAGCAACCGCCAACCGUCUCUGCCUCGAAAGUCCUCCCUGAAGGACAUCACGAAGACUAACCUUACCCGUUUCGAGGAAGACUUCACCGGCAAUGUCUCUAACGCUGAGGCUGCAAACGUUGAGGCCACCCAGACCAAGGAGUCCGCCAUUGAUACUUCGAUGCUUAGCAACACGAGCCGUCGUCGCCGCAGCGCUCCUACAGAGAUGACUUCAGCUUUCAUCGUUCCAGACAUCAAGAUCGACGCUAGCAAACAGACGACUACCAGGAUCGAGCUGUCCCAGCAGAUCACCAGUAUGCACCAUGACUCGAACUGCACCGUCUGUCGCCGCGAGAAGGAGAAUGCAUCUGACGAUCCCCUCCGUGUGCCUAAGCUCAUCCCCGUUUCCUCUCGCACAGCCGAUGACGUCGACGCCACUCUCCGACCCGCUCGGUCACCCAAAGAAGCUCUCGCGCUCGUUGUGAAGGAGUUGCGAGAUGAGCGUGCACACUUGCAUAUCGAGCUCGCUAUCGUGCGCGCCAUGUUCGAAGCCCAUGAUCCCAGCAAGGGGGCCCGGAAACACGACGACAUGCUCCAAGGAAUCCAGGAACUAGUCGACAAGAUCGCCGCCAAGGACAAGCAGAUUUAUAACCUCUACGACGUGCUUGAGGAACAGCAGGACCACGACCUCACUGAGCAAGACGUCGAGGAGCAUGCAGAACGGAUUCGAGCCGAAAACGCGGAGUUGGAGAAGAAGACUCGCGAGAAGAAGGUCACGAUUCAGAGCUUCGUGGGGAGUGAGGACCAGCAUAGUGCGAGGUUUAGUGCGGAUGGUGAUGAGGAGGAACUGCCAUGGGAGGGGUUCGAGGACACUGAGGAGCGGAAUUUUACGGGUGAUGCUAGCGCAAGGGUUAGCAUGUACUAGUUUUGUUGUCUAGUCCGCAGGUUGCCUAUGGGUGUCUUGGAGCCAGCUUUCAAAAUCGGACGGCUAACGGCGUUGGUGAUUCAAGAUAAUGGCGUUUUCACGGAUGGCAUGGCAUUGUUAUGAGCAUUGGGUAUGAGGAGUUUUCCACCUCUUUGUUCAUUCUCAUCUUUGCUCCCUUCAUCACUUGUAUUCCCCUUACUCUUCUUACUAUAUCACUUCUCUUCUCUUUCUCUGCGCUAAGCUUUCGAGCACUUUGUCUAGCUAGCGGCAUCCUGCAACGUUGGUCUGGAGGCUUCGACUCACCUGAAGGGGUUUGAGUUGGCUGAUGGGCUGGCUUUGUGGUUGAACCUACUAGCGGAGCGGCGCGCCGGAGCCGGGUGCGGAUCGGGAGGGGAUGGGCGAUGGAGUGUGGGGGUGAGAAUGGGUAGUGAUCGAGUUGAAUAAAGAGGAGCUUUAUCUCAACUUUUGGAUAGCCGUU